GGGAAGACCUGAGAAGAAGGGUAGACUCCAAAGAAAUGAUGCGCUCUGUGGCUGCUUAAAUCUCAACUUCUAUGGAUAAACAACUUUCUCCGAAUAAGAAAAUCAAUGGAAGCCUUAACCCAUCUUUUUGUUUUCUACUCUUUCUUAUUCUCCCUCUUAAGAACCUCCAUUUCUCUGGACACUAUUACUCCAAGUCAGUCAAUCAGAGACGGUGGCAGUGCUUUAGUUUCAGCUGGCGGACACUUUCAAUUGGGAUUCUUCAGCCCAGGUAAUCCCGAUCGUCGCUAUGUGGGAAUUUGGUACACAGUAUCUUUGGACAUAGUUGUAUGGGUAGCCAAUAGAGAAGCUCCGCUUAGCGAUCACUUGGGAGUUUUAAAGCUCGUUGAUGAUGGAGUUCUUGUGCUUCUUAAUAGCACCAACGGUACUGUUUGGUCAUCUAGAUCUACUACAUCAACAACCCCACAAAAUCCAGUUGCACAGCUGUUGGACACCGGGAAUCUAGCUGUGAAAGAUGGGAAUGAUGAUAAACCAGAGAAGUUUUUGUGGCAGAGUUUUGAUUAUCCUUGUGACACACAACUGCCGGAAAUGAAGCUUGGAUGGAACUUGGUAACUGGUCUAGAUAGGUUUAUUUCAUCUUGGAAGAGCACGGAAGAUCCUGCUCAAGGUGAGUAUUCAGUACACAUAGAUCACCGUGGGCUUCCGCAAAGGGUUAAUAUGAAGGGAAAUUCAACAAAGACUAGAGCAGGGUCAUGGAAUGGCGUUGGUUUUACGGGUCAUCAAGGGUUGAGACCGAAUACAGUAUUUGAUUAUGAAUUCGUGUUGAAUGAGAAGGAGGUCUAUUUCGAGUUCAAACUCUUUAACACUUCUGUUUUCACAAGAUUUGUGAUCAACCCAACAGGCGUUGCGCAACGAUUCACAUGGAAUGAUCGGAAACAGAUUUGGGAAUCUUUCUUUACAUCCGAGGCAGAUCAGUGCGAAAAUUAUGGCUUAUGCGGUGGAAAUGCUACCUGCAACAUCAAUAAGUCUCCUGUAUGUGCAUGCUUGGAAGGAUUCUUACCUCAGUUUCAAAAAGAUUGGGAUUCAGCAGAUUGGUCGGAUGGGUGUGUUCGAAGGACUCCUUUGGAAUGCAAUGACACAGAUGGAUUCCUAAUGCGCACGGGGUUGAAAUUGCCUGACACAUCUGCUUCCUGGUACAACAAGAGCAUGACCCUCCAGGAAUGCAAAGGAAUGUGUUUGAAAAACUGCUCCUGCACAGCAUAUGCAAGUUUAAAUAUCAGCGAAGGAGGAAGCGGAUGCGUGCUUUGGUUUGGUAGCCUAAUUGAUAUAAGAGAAUACUCCGAGGGUGGGCAAGACCUCCAUGUAAGGAUGGCCAAAUCCGAACUGGCUCUUCUUGAGAAGCAAAGGCACUCCAACAAGAAGAAACUAGUAGGAAUUAUAGUUGGCUCUGCAUUACUAGUUGUGGGAAUGAUAAUAGUUGGACUGGUCUCGUACAUAUGGAAGAAGAAACUCAAAAACCCAGGAUUGGUAUUAGGAAUUCAAAGGAAGGAUUAUGACAAUGAAGGUGGGAAGGAAGAUAUGGAGUUAGCGAUAUUAUUUGAUCUGGCGGUCAUAAUUAAUGCGACAAAUAAUUUUUCAAACAAUAACAAGCUAGGAGAAGGUGGCUUUGGACCUGUGUACAAGGGUACAUUGCCGGAAGGGAAAGAUAUAGCUGUGAAGAGACUUUCAAAGAAUUCUGGACAAGGAUUGAACGAGUUAAAAAAUGAAGUUAUAUUGAUUGCCAAACUUCAACAUCGUAAUCUUGUAAAGCUUCUUGGUUGUUGCAUUCAAGAAAAUGAAAACAUGCUAAUCUAUGAAUACAUGCCCAACAAAAGCUUGGACUCCUUUAUUUUUGAUCAAGCAAAGAGUAAAUUACUAGAUUGGCAUAAGCGCCUAAACAUUAUUCGUGGCAUUGCUAAAGGGCUUCUCUAUCUUCAUGAAGACUCUAGACUAAGAAUUAUCCAUAGGGAUCUCAAAGCUAGCAAUAUUCUUUUGGAUAACAAUAUGAAUCCAAAAAUUUCGGACUUUGGUGUGGCUAGAUCAUUUGGAGGAGAUCAAAUUGAUUCCGAGACCACUAAGAUUAUUGGAACACAGUAA